CUUCUCUGGUCCAGAGUCGAUGGACGGGGUCGCCAUCCCUGGCGGGGCGGCCGCGUUGCCGGCCUGGGUGGUGCUGGCGCUGGAGGCCGCGGCCUACCUGGGGCCAGGGUGGGGCCCAGGGCAGGCGGCCUGCCCUGACCUCUCGUGCCCCGCCUGCCCGGCGUGCCCAGAGGCGGCGGCCUGCCCUGAGGCCGUGGCUUGCCCGGCUUGCGAGCCGCCUCCCUGCGCGGCUUGCCCGGCCUGCGAGCCGCCGCCGUGUGCGGCCUGCCCGGCCUGCGAGGCGAGGGCGUGCCCGACGGUGACGACGGGCGAGAAGGCGGUCGAGAAGCUCGCUGGAGCGCUGCUCGGAGGGCUGGUGCACUGGCUGGUGGGGAAGGUGAUCGCCCGCAGGCAUGUCGACGCUCAGCGCGUGGUCUGCCGGUUCGCCGACGACGACGUCGACCACGAGCGAGUGCUGCUACACUACGUGGCGGAGGGCGAGUGGGUCAUCCUGACCCCCGACGGUGACAUCUACGCUGAGGACAUGAGCUGUGAGAACCCCGAGACGGGGCCCUCUCGAGCCUUCCCGCUGGCGCUGCGGACGCGGAAGAUGCGGAGGCUGUAUCGCUUCCGGGAGGCUCUGGGGCCCGACGAGCUGGCCGACGCGCUGACACGGGGCCGGCAGGCGGCGCUGGAGAUAGACGCCGCCUUGCCUGAGCCGAGGGAGGCUGUGGCCGUGGGCGGCCAACGGGUCUCGUGGCAGGAGGCUUCCGGCAAGCUGUCGGCCGCGGAGCGGGCCGGCCUGCUGCGCUUGGGCAUGGCCGUGGCUCGCUUGGGCGGGAAGCUUCUGGAGGCUCCUGGGCCGGGUCAGGCCUGGAUCGCCCUCAGCGGCGGGCCUGGCGUCGCGAUCGGGGCAGAGGUCGACGUGGCGAACGCCGAAGGCCUGAGCUUCGAGGGCGGGCCUGAGCCUUUCGGCGUGCUGAGGGCCGCCGACGGCGGCAUGGUGCGUCUCGCUCGGCUGGACGCUGGGUCGGCCCCUGGGCGCGUGGCCGAGGAGGCCGCGGUCUGGCAGGACCUGGACAGAGGCCAUGCGCGUGCCACGGGCCCCGAGCGCCGACGUGCUGCGGCCGCGGCGCCACUCGAGGAUGAUGGGCCCGCCGAGCCUGUCGGCGGCACGGCUACGCCCGAGCUGGCGCUGCCUCCCCUGGCGGAGCCGCUGGGCGAGGAGCGAGACGCCGACGCCCGCGCGCUCUGGGUCGACUACGACGAGCAGGGCGAACGGUUCAAGCGAUGGCGGGACGUGGUAGGCGAGUCGAGGCAGGAGCACUACCCGGACGCGAAGGUGGACGGACCGCCUGGGGCUCUCCACAUGUUGAAGCACAUGGAGAGGCACGGUGGCGACCCGCGGCUCUGGCUCGACCUCUUCAUCCGCAUGAAGGGCCUCGGGCAGAAUGACCGCGUGGUGCACGAGCUGAGGACGAUCGUGGAGGCUUUGUGCCAGGGCGGGGUAUAUGACCAGCUGAACAUGGGCGGCCUCAUGAUGGUGGAGGUGUUGACUCGCCGUGUCGCCGCAGUGGUGGAUGCCUACUCGGACCCGACCAAGCCGAGCUGGACGAACGCGCGCUUCUUCGAGGGCGUGAGCUCGGUGGAGGACGUCUCGGGGCCAGAGCUCAGGGGCUGCGUCCACCGGCGGGCGAAGGAGCAGCACGAGAUAGAGCAGGAGCUGGAGGUGACGCAGCAGGCGCGGGGCGUGGUGGCGGCCGAGGCGGCCGCGGGCGCGGCCGGCUUCCUGCCGCUCCCGCUGCUGGGCGACGCAGGCCGCCGAAUUCGCGGCAGGUCUUGCAGGGCGAGGCAGUUCGGUCGUGAGGAUCGGAUUGCGUCGGAGGUCAACGGUAUCGUCGAUGCCAUCAACUGGAUGUCGGGUUACGACUCGCAUCCUGGCCCAGCCAAUGACAUGCAGCGGGAUGUGCUUGCGCGCUUCGAGGGCCUCGUGCGGGGCCGGCAGCCGGGCGCCAAGUUGCAGGAGCCGCAGGCGGCCCUCCGGGAGCUGCUGCGGGGCCGCUCGCCAUAUGAUGGGCGCGGCGGCCCGACGACGGUCGCCUCCUACAGUGCAGGGCUCGUCAGCAUGCCGACGGACGUGAGCGACUGCCCGCGUCUUGAGGAUCUCUUGCCUGGCGAGGCCCUUACCUUCCUGCAGGAGCGCCAAGAGCGCAUGUUACGAGAGUCACUUUUGCCGACCGACGUCGAGCCGUACUUCGACUCGGUCCUCAAGUUCAACCACAAGGAGUACCGCGGCCUGGUACGACUCCGCGCCGCGUUGCAGGCGCAGCUGGUGUACAUCGGCAUGGCGGAUGUGAAGGACUGCUUUCAUCGAAUGCGUAUCGAUUCAGCCCUUUCGCAGUACUUUUGCCUGCCGCCGGUCAAGGCUGGGGCCUUCGGCGUGACCGAGGUCGAGGGGGCCAAGGUACGGACGUCGACGGCCAUCUACCCUUGCUGGCAGGUCCUGCCCAUGGGCUUCAGCUGGUCUCUCUAUUUCGCCCAGCGGGCCAACGAGGAGGUGAGCCGCCGCAGCAGCGCGCUCCUCAGGGGGCCCAGUUUGUCAGACCAUGGGCCACCGCUUGUGUUCGCGCCCGGCGGGGCGCCCCAGGAGGUCAGGCACUGCGUGUACGUCGACAACUUGGGGGUCUUUUCGCUGUUCUCUGAGCUCGUGAGCGGCGUGAUGAACCAGCUGACGGGCGAGUUCACCGAGCUGAACCUACUGUUGCACAAGGACGAGCUGGUGCCGGGCAUGGCAGUGGCGCUUGGCGCGGAGAUCGACGGCAGCCAGUUGCGCACUCGUGUGACCAGUGAUCGCUUCUGGCGUUGCCGCCAGGCCGUGCGAGGCCUCCUAGCCCGCCGCCGUGUCAAGGGGUGGGCCGUGGAGGCGGUGCUGGGCCAUCUAACCUUUUGUGGCCUCUGCUCGCGCGGCACCUUGUCAGCUUUCAAUUCAGUGUACGGCUUUGUGCGAGCCCACUACGACGAGGCGGCCGUGCUAUGGGCCGAGGCGCGGCGAGAGCUGGCCGCCUUCAGCUCCCUGAUGUACUUUUUGGAGUCAGAUUGGUGGCUGCCUUGGAAUCCGAUGGUGCAGCAGUCUGACGCCAGUCUUCACGGCUACGGGCUGGCAAGAGCUUUCUGGCCGCAGGAGCUGGUGGAGUCAGUCGGGCGCGUGCCUGAGCGAGCCCGCUUUCGCCGGCGCUGCGCCCGCAGUGCUCGAGAGGCGGCGCUCUGUGCAGCUGGCUUCAGCAUGAGUGAGAGUGGAAAAUGGGAGCUCAAGGGCCUUCCCGAGGACGAGGAGGAGCUGGGCCAGUGGGACGUCGUGAGGGACUUCCCGGAGGUGCCCGCCCAGGGGCUCCGCGCAGGCCUUUGGGAGCCCUGUUUCGCGAGAGCCUGGCAGCACCCUGAGGGCAUCUGGACCUUGGAGGCCCGAGCCCUGGUCAGCAGCAUCCAUCGUAUCGCCACCGCGGCCAGGCAAGGCGCCUGGCUUGGGGCGGGCCGCCGGCGCACGCGGCUGCUGGGGCCGUCUCGCCCGGAGCCUGGCCUGCAGCCGUCAGCCCGCGGCCAGGGGGUGAGGCGCGCGCGGCAGCUGGUCCCUGCGCCGCCGAUAGCGCCGCUGCCGCUGCCGGCAGCUCGGCGGGAGCGUCAGCUGGGCGAGUCGGGGCUCCUGAAGACGGCUGUGCUGAGCCGUCCCCUGCCGCGGAGCCUGGGGCAAGCGGUGGAGGACCUGACGAAGGUGCCUGUGCCAGCGGAGCCCGCUCGGGGAGCGCGAGAGAGCGUCGGCUCCUCCGACAGCGGGAGCUCCGAGCCCGAGGUCGUGACCGGCGCCGCGCGGCUGCGCAGGCUCGCGCAGUCGCAGAAGCGCCGUGCCCGCCACAACGGGAUGCCCACCGGCGAGGAGGGCUUCUCUCUCCUGGAGCGGGAGGCCGUGCGGACCCCGACGCAGCGCGAGUACCAGAGGGCCUGGGACGGAUGGCGGGACUUUGCCCGUCGGAGCUGGCCCUCGGUCGACAUCGACGAGGUCAUGAAGAGCAGGGGCGAUUCCGUGGUAGACUCGGCGUUGGUGAGCUACCUGAACGGCUUGUACCAGGCUGGGACUCACCUCUCCUGGGCCGAGAAGUUGAUGGCGGGGGUCCUGCACUUCAACCCCGACUUCUCGCGCUACGGUGCCCGGCGCCCCCCCCGGGGCUGGAGAUGCCUCCGGGCCUGGCGGCGCCUGGAGCCGCCGCGGACGAGGAAGCCGUGGGCGCUGGGGUUGUGGUGCGCAAUGGCGUGGCGCAUGAAGGCCCGUGGCAGUCUUCAGAUGGCGGUGUUCACGUUGAUAGCAGUCAGCGUGUACGCCCGCCCCAGCAGCCUUUUGCUCCUGAAGCCGGCCUGCCUGGUGCCGCCAGCGGCGGGGGUGUGCGAGUUCUGGACCUUGAGGCUCUUUCCAGAGGAGGAAGACCUGAGGGGCAAGACGGGCCUGGGGGACGUGUCGCUAGAGUUAGACUCGCCCUGGAUUCGCUUCUUGGACCCUGUGCUGCGUCAAAUGAAGAAGGAGGGCCAUCCCGAGUGCCUGUGGAACUUCACGUACCCAGAGUACUGCAAGAUGUUCAGCCUAUGCCUUCAGGACCUGCGGGUAAAGGCCAAGGUGGUGCCGUACCAGAUGCGCCACUCGGGGGCCUCGAUAGACAUGGCGAGGAGGUGGGGACGGCUGGCCGACGUGCAGAAACGCGGGCAGUGGAAUACCAACCGCAGCGUCGUCCGCUACGAGAAGCAUGCACGCCUGGCAGCCACGUGGGCGACAUUGAGCAGCGCGCAGCAAAACGUGUUCCUGGUCUGCGAGGCUCAGCUCGCGGACAUCAUUUUGGGUCGCGCCUCGCCGGUCGACUUGCGGGAGCUCGACCACGCCUGA